AUGGGGUCGGCACCGCCUCGUGAAGGGCCCUUGAAUUUUGGCCGUGACGUGCCUCUGCGUGAUCCAGAUAAGCUAGACGUGCAAGUGGAGCUGCCUGACUGCAUCUCUGCUUUGGCUGCCUGUGGUCUGGCAUGCGGCCAAGAGCAGCAGCUUGUAUUGCCUGGCGCGGAAGUCUGGCGUAGCCGCGGAUGUGGAGAACACUCCAGAGGUGCCAACUCCGACAUCACGCUAGCAGAGCUUUCUGGUGUCAGGAACAUUUGUACAUGUUUGGACAUUGCGGCUGCCACGAUGUCGAUUCCAGUCGGCAGACCUCGUGAAUCUCUGGUGAAGUAUGAUCCGCCUCUGGAGCUGGGCCCCGCACCUUCGGAUGCCGUCGGUCGCAAGGGCAACAAGCCGCCCAAGCCGAACUCUCUGAAGGCACAGCUUGCACGCAAGACGCAACUGCCACCAGCAGAAUCGAAGCCCAACACAGACGACGUUCUGCAUGCGCUCCUUCCACCUCGUGAGUGGAUUGAGGACGGCAAGCACUAUCAGCAGUAUGUCAGCAACCAACCGGCCACACGCCUGGAUGUCAUCCAGCUGCAGGAGGCGUUGGACCAGCGUCUGAUGGAGCGGCAGGCUCGCGAGACUGGGAUUUGCCCUGUUCGGGAAGAGCUCUACUCACAGUGUUUUGACGAGCUCAUCCGUCAGGUCACGAUCAACUGCCCCGAGCGUGGAUUAUUGCUGCUGCGUGUCCGUGAUGAGAUUCGCAUGUCCAUUGCAGCAUAUCAGACGUUGUACCAGAGCAGUGUAACCUUCGGCACACGGAAGCAGCUUCAGUCCGAGCAGGGCAAGGCAGAAACAGAGCAGAUGAUUGCCGAGCAUGAGGAGCAGAAGAAGCAGAGAGAGGCGCGUGUUGUGGAACUCAAGAACAAGUGCGAAGCCAUUGAACGCCGCGAAGCGGAACGUCGGGCGGUAGAUGAACGCAAGCGGAAAGAAGAAAUUGACUUCCUCAAGCAUCAGCAGCAGCACUUGGAAUCUUUCCUCAAGAGCCACGACUCGAAGUGA